UACAAAUUUGAGUGAAAUUCAUAUCUAAAAAACCCAAUAUUUGAUACUGCAAAAAAAAACGUUUAAAAUGAACGCUAUUAAUGCAAUUAAUAAUAUUCAUGAUAUUGCCCAAACAAGAUCUACAAAAAUUUACAAUCCAAGGACGGAUCCAUUCGCGCUAUCCGAUGAGAAUUUUAAAGGCAGAUACCGGUUUACGAAAACCACAGUAAAAAAGAUUGUAGCAAUGACAAUGGAAGACAUUAAGUUAGAAAAAAGAGGAUGUGGAACAUCACCGGAACUCCAAGUGUUGGUAGCGUUAAGAUGUUGGGGAAGAAGAGAGGCUCAAGAUGAUGCUGCAGAAUUGCAUGGCCUAACACAGCCAACUGUGUCAAGAAUAUGUGCUAGGGUAGCGCGGGCUUUGGCAAGACACGCAAGAGAAAAAAUCAAAAUGCCCAGCAACUUAAGCGAAGAACAAGAAGUGAUGAGAGAAUUUAAAGCAAUAAAAAAUUUUCCUGGAAUUAUUGGUGCAAUAGACGGCACCCACAUAAAAAUAAAGAAAACAGGUGGAAGUCUUGCCCAAUAUUAUAUAAACAGAAAGGGGUAUUAUUCUCUCAAUAUACAGGUCGUUUGUGAUGCUAACCUUAAAAUAAGGGACAUAGUUGCUAGAUGGAGAGGAAGCACACACGACUGCCGCAUUUUUAAUGAAUCAAAUAUUAAAGAACGUUUUGAAAACAAAGAUUUCAGAGGUCGUUUAUUAGGUGAUUCAGGAUACAAAUUGCAACCAUACCUCUUUACUCCUUUAUUAAGACCUCAAAGCGAAAAAGAGAUUAAAUAUAAUAAAGCUCAUAUAGCAACGAGAAAUACGGUGGAACGAUGCUUCGGGGUAUGGAAGCAGAGAUUUCGUUGCUUGCUGGAUGGAUUAACAGUAAGUCUGGAAAAUGGAAAAACUUUAAUUAUAGCUCUGGCUGUUCUUCACAAUAUUGCUGUUGAAGAAAAGGACACAACACCAGGUAAGAAAAUCAUAUAA